GUAGCCAUCCAGAGCGAGACGAAAGAGCAGAAAAAUGUCGAAAAACACCGGUGCUAGUAAAUUCAGAAAAGUGAAUGUCGACCAGUUCGACGAAGAUCAAUACAUAGAUGAAGAUGAAGAUCAGGAAGCUGAAAUUGGUCCCAAUGAAGGAGAAAUUAACGCAUUACUCGCUCAAUCCAAGCAGAGAGAGGCAUUGGUGGCAGCACUAAAAAACCCUCCAAUUGGGUGUAAAAACCAGGCACUGAAGGACAAGACAACAAAUCUUGUGGUGCGAGUGUUGCAAUCAUUCAAGAAUAAUGAGAUCGAAGGCUGUGUGAAGGCAUUGGACUCAAAAUCUAUUGAUAUUCUUAUGAAAUAUAUUUACAAAGGAUUUGAAUUCCCCACAGAUAAUAGUAGUGCUACCCUUCUUGGCUGGCAUGAUAAAGUUUUUGCCAGAGCUGGGCAAGGUAGUAUUAUACGAGUACUUACAGACAAGAAACGCCUGUGAUGAUAUGUAAAUUGGAUAAAAAAAAAAAAACAUCUGGUGCAAUUCAGUAAAAAUUCCAAGACUUUCGUAGCUGUAAGAUUUAACCAUGAUGAUGCUGUUUAUUGCCGUUAUACUGUGUAGUGCCCACUUCUGCUGCAUUAUGCGAGACCGGCAGUGCUAUUGGUGAUAUGUAGCAUAGUUGGGACUGACAGCUUAAUGAGUACAUGGAUGUAGGCAAAUAUCAAUUGUCAUAUCGUAAAAUUCUCUGAAAAUUAGUUAUCGUUUGUCAGAGCUGCUGGAUACAAGUCAUCAUCGCAGUAAGCGAGAGAGGCUUUUCAUAUUUAUACUGUACCGUUUCUUCUGAUUUACAUUAGUAUUACCAUAAUCCCUGCCCAAAUAGAUUAUCAUAAUUGAUUCAUUCCAAGGGAAACUUAUGCGUAAUCAUCUGUAUGUCGCUUCAAGGGAUGUUAUCAUUUAUCAAAUUCUAGAAAGCAGGAAAGAAAUGUUUUAAUUGAAAGCUGUUACAAAUUAAGGAAUUGUAUAUGUUGAAUGAGUGCUCAGUAUAUAAGUUGUACAUAUUUUCGCAUCAUCAGUCACUGGUUGAUGAUAUUUUGAAGUUAUCAAGUCAAAAAUUUCUUUUUGUAAGGAGGAGUGUGGGAAUUCAUGAAGUGUGCUGUUGUUUUAUACGUCAAGCUCUGAGGUAUAUCAUCAGAAAGCUGAAAAAAGCAGCUACUACAGAGUGCAUUUUGGACUUUUUUUCUGACAUGUUAAUACUGAGGUAACAACCUAACAGAAUUUUAUUACCAGUACUAUCAUUAAUCAACCAAUGAAGUAUUUUAUGUUUUCUUUCUCUUGUGAUAAAGCUGAUUUAUACUAGUACCAUUCUGAUAUAAAAAGUUUUCACUUGUAUAGAACAGGUUGUUUACAAGACAAUCUGUAUUCUGGAAAGUAUGAUAACUAUUUGAAGAGAAAUGUGUACAAGUCUUAGCUAUAUAUUGUGUAACUAAUGUAUGAAGAUAUACAAAUAUGUAAUAAAAUAUUAAAUUUAAUACUA